AAAAGAAUAACAAUCAUAGAAACAAUAUGAAAACAAAAACAUGGGUGUGAAUCAGUAACGACUAACGAAUAACGACACUACGACAGUAUCACAGUGGCACGCCCGGUACUGACCACGGGACACAAAUCAUAAUAUUAAUAUUAUUUAUGUAGUGAAUUACAAUAACAAAAUUUAAGUAGUGAUUAGUAAUUAAUUAAUCACUUAAUCAGUAUACCUUUUGUUUUGUUCGUGAUAUGCGUGUUAUUAUACAUGUUGUGGUUUAGAUUGAAUAAAUUAUAUCGUCUGUACUUAGUUAACUAAUAAUUGUAUGUGAGAUUUUUGUGUUUCCUAAACGAUUGAAAAUAUGAUUUUCUUUAAUAACUUGCUGUCGGUUCUUACAUUAUUCACAGUUAUUAUAAAUUUGAGUGAGUCCUUGGAAUGUUAUGUUUGUACAAACCAAGAUCAAAAUCAUGAAAAAUGUUUGAACACAAUUAAGACAUGCGAACCAGAAGAAGAUAUGUGUUUAUCAGAAAUCAGUUGGGGAUCUCCUCCAUAUUGGGUGGAAGGAGGAAUCAAACAAUAUUAUGUAUCAAAGAGAUGUGCCACUAGGGCCACAUGUGAUGCUGUGAAAACUAAAACAAUGCCUUAUUGCACGUACCUUUGGUAUCAAGAUUGGAAAUGUGCUGAAUGUUGUUUAGGCGACCGUUGUAAUUACUACAUAACUAUGGGCAGUAGUGCAGUAAAAUCCAAUUUGAUUGUAUUAUUGGGAUGCAUUGCCAUAUUGAUUGGAUUCCAUGUUACCAAAACUGUAUAGUUUAUUCCAAAGGAUUGUUUAUCCAUCAGCAAUAAGAAAAUAUUUUUAUAUUCUGACACAAUUUUUUUUGUAAUAAUUUUAAUACUAAAAAAAGAAUCAAGUUUAACUAUAGGUUACUUCAUUUUUAAUCUCUUUUUAACUAUAAGAAUUUAAGUUUAUGUAUACAAAUAUCAACAGUAUUAUUUUUAAUCAUAAGUAAAAAGUUCCGUCCAAAUAUUGUAUAUUUUAUUAUAAUAUUUUAAACUUAGAAUUUAAAACACAUUUUGUAUGAAUAUGUUAACAAUUAAUGUAAAAUUAAAUGAUUUAUAUUCUCUUUUAUACUAAUAUUAUUAUAAUAAUAUGAGUUUAUAAUUUUAUAUAAUAUGUUUAACUUGCCAUAUUUUUUCUCGUUAUCAAUUUCUCAAAAAAAUCCAUUCAAACCAUGAUAUCUGUAAUAUCAUGCUGGUUAUGGGCUCCAGAUUAUAAGCCUAUAAAUGUGAUGCUAUACAAGUUAAAUUUAACGCAACAAAUUGUAAAUUAUGAAAAUUAUAGUGGAUUGCUUAUGAUAUCAUUACUCAAA